AAGAAAUUUAGGCCACUUCCAUCGACACACCAUCGGUGUACGAUGUAAAGCUGGUAAGUGAAAGUGAAAGGCAUUCCGGCUGGUCGGAAGAAAGCCUAACCAGCACGCGCCCGUCGUGUGGGUGCAAUCAAGUUUGAAUCGGCAGAGGUUCUGAAGGAUAUGGUCGCAUUUUGGAAUUGAAUGGGGAUCCUUUGCACCAAGUGGUUCAUCACUGUGACGAAGGAGGAUUGAUGCCAAGUGGAUAUUCAACGGUUUUUUUUUGUGUUUGUGAUAGAUGCUUUAAACUUGCUUUAAGUGGUUUUGAUGAUUUUGUGGAAAUGAAGCGCUCGAAGAAUAUUUAAACGGUGGUGUGAUGAACCAUCAAUUGGUGUGUUAAUUUAAAUCGGAAACCAUCGCGGGGUUAAGUGUACGGGAAAAUUAAACUCAAUUUCGGAGCGCGGAAUUGAAGUUGAUCGACAUGCUCCGUUCACUGGGUGGUUCAACUGCAGAUGAAAAGUAGAUGGCGCCCGGAUCGUCGUCCGUCGACAUGUGUUGCUAUAGUGAAAAUGAAGGAUUUUGCUGAGUGGUGACAGCUGGUUUUUCGCAAAAUUGGCUACCCGUUAAUCAAAUUUCACGUGUGCGGUGUGAAAUUUCGUGCGUGACAAAUCAAUGUAAUGGGGUGCGGUUUUCCCUGCUGUAAGAUCAAAGUGACCUACGUAAUGAAAAUAAAGUGAAGCGUUACUUAGCAACAACAACAACAACAUGAAGCAUCACCAAAUGGAUAUGAAGAACGUCCCGGAUCCGAUUGCGUCGGUCGUGGCGCAGAUGGUCCUCGGCAACAGCGAUGACUUCAACAAUUCGCUGGAGCUGGACUACCGGAGUCCGGUGUUGAAACCGGUCCUGGCGAAGAUUUAUCCGAUUUUCAUUAUCCUCUACGUGAUUCCGGCUGCGCUGGGGAUCGCAACGAAUGUGCUGGUGAUUAUGUACAUUAGCAAGUACAAGCUCUACCGGGAUGCGACGCAGGCUUUCUUGGUGAACCUGGCCGUUUGCCACAUUGUGCAGUGUGCGUUUGUGCUUCCGAUCACGCUGAUGGUGAUGCUGAUCCAGAACUGGAUCUUCGGGCAAUUUAUGUGCUACUUUCUGCCGCUGUUGCAGGACAUCCCGCUGCACGUUGCCAUGAUUUCCCAUCUGUUGAUAGCGUGGGACCGAAAGCGCUGGCUGACGGAUCCGCUGAAGGCCCGGCUGCCGGCGUUCGUGUGCAGUAGUGCCUCCUGGCUGUCCGGGAUGGUGAUUGCGCUUCCGUAUCCAAUCUACACCACCUAUCUGGACCUUGGGAAAUAUUUGCCUGACGACUUCGAGGGCGUGGGAAUCUGCGCCAUAAAUCUCGUCGACGACAUGCAGGAGUACAUGCGGGGAUUAUUCGUCAUUAUGUACUGUGGCCCCAUGACACUGCUCGGAUAUCUCUACAUAAGGACCUCCCGGGAGCUACGACCCCCCGAUGGGCCCCUCUCGAUUAUGAUGUUCGAAGCGAGGGCCGAGGCGAGGAGUAAACAGCUGCGGGCAAAUCGUCACGGAGCGAGGAGUGGGACGACAAACGCCAGUAAUGGAGGAAACGGAGUGGAUCUCAGUGCCGGUUCGCGAACCUACGACCUGUACGAUGCCGAGGUGGACGUUUGUCGGGAGAAGCGCACCCAGCGCCACCUGGGCGCCAUGGCCUCCACGCAGAUUCUGUGCGUCUGUCCGCUGAUGAUUCUGAGGUUGGCUCGGAUGGCACUGGUCGAGACGUACGAAAACCAGGCCCACUUUGACAUAACCUAUCUGAUGUUUGUGUGGAUGGCCUUUCUGCCGACGGUGAUAGUGCCCUGGAUCUACGCCAACUGGGUUCUGUCGAGACCGGCCAAGGAGCGCCUCCGGGGCUACCUGCGUCUCUCAUCCCGUCGCAACACCGGUACCAAGUCCGAGCAAUCGCUAGAUGAAACGAGCUCUCCAGCGGGUGUCAAAACGCCCCUAUCGUCCACCCAGAUGUGCAUGGUCACCGGCCAUUCAGCGCCAUCGCAGGACGUCACUUCCCAUCCUCCGGUUCAUCCGCGGGUCAAGUCUCUACCGUCGAUCGACCGGUCCAAAUCGCCAGCCGGAAUCAGCACCAAGACCCAGCAGUCCACGGUCGAAAGUAGCAUCGCGGAGAGUUCGAUCUCGGCAAUGGCGGCCAAGAGUGGCACCGGUUCCUCGGCCGGGCGUCCUCGAAGGCAACUGCCACCACCGUUGCGCAUCGAACAUAGCAACUUCGAUAAGACUCCCUCGGUGCACAGCCGGAACUCAGCGGGAACCAAGGUUCAGCGAUCCUCGCUCAAGUCCACCAGCAGUAGCGGAAGGACGAGCGAGAGAACCCUACCGAUCCCUAAUCAAAAAACCGUAGACAAGAAGCCAGCGGAAGAAGAAGACGAUUACUGCUCAUCGAUAGCGGGGCAUUUUUCGAACGUAACCUCCAGCACGGACUGCAACAUCAACGAACGGGAAGUGGUCGCUCCGGAACUAUACGAACCGUUGCAUACCGUCCCUCGGCAGAACGUUCUGUACAAGUCGGCUUCCCCGUACUACCAAGGCAAUAACGACUCGAACGAUUCGGAUUCGGACAUCUACCAACGGCGGCCGGCUCGAUACGGGUCUCUUUCCAAGCAGGACUCCGGCAUCCUGAAGGGAACUCCUUCGAUAAUUUCAGCUACCGAUAGUGAGUACUCCUCCCGGAAGGGAUCAUUGAGUACCCUUUCGAGGGACAUGGAAAUCAUUGACCGGCUGGAGCGUGAACGUAGCAUGGACAUCCAGGAGAUGAUCCAGCGGGAGAACUAUGAGUACUACCUGUCGCGCCAAAACUCCAAGUUCAAAUUUUCCACCAACUUUGAUGACUACUUUGAGGAGGAACCUCCGCCGCCAGUGGCGGUAGCGGGUUCAGGUUCGGGUUCGCAGAAUCCGCACCCCGUAUCACCGCACAUUGUGCGGAACUCUUCAAACCGGCGCAGCAACUCGAGCUACGCUUCCGCCAAACGGGAUAGUGGCUACGAACCGCCGCUGCCGCAGUCCCAGCCGCAGAUGACGCCAGGAGGUAGUGGUGCUGGUGGUAUUGGUGGCAAGAACAGUACAGUGCAUCAUCAUACCGGACCACGGCGGUCUUUUGAUCUGGAGAGGCAACAGCAGCAGCGGUUCAACCGGACGUACAGUGCGCAUUCGGCGCGGGGCUCCACCAAGUCGAGGGACCGUGUUAGCUUUCAUGAUAAUGUGUAAAGAGAGGACCAAAGAGCGAGCGAAAGAGGUAGUUUUCGGUGCCAAAGUUCUAGGGAAGAGAUUAGCUCACAAUAGCUAGGCGACAGACAGGUAGGUGGACAUUCUUCCUCGUACGACGGUGAUGGGAUCCUGGGAUUACCUGCGGGGUUAUGAAUGUUUAGAUAACGCGCACAAAAGUUCAAAGAUGGUUGAAGAUAUGGAGAGGCCACCCUGGCAGCUGUGACAGGUUGCGAUGGAAUUGGGUUUGAUUUUUGCACUUUUCGGUAGGUCUGGUAACUGUCAAUAGAUAUAAUAUACCGUUUCAGCCAUUCAAGGCGACGGGAAACUCCAGGGAA